AUGGCCGGCUUCGCCUCGCCGUACGACUUUCUGAUGCGCACCAACAUCCUCGCCGACGGCCGGCUGAGGGCGCUCACCGCUGGCCUCACGCCCCUCGCGACCGUGCAGUUCCUUGCCCAGCUCGCCGCCAUCAGCCAGCUCCACGUCGAGGGCCUCCUCACCUACCCGUCGAUGCCGCGCGUCCUCCGCUGCUUCGCCGGGCCGUCCGGCCGACCCGCCUCGCGCCACGCCCGCGGCAGCAGCUGGCGGCCGCGGAGCUGCUGCGACGUGCUGCGGCUGACGACGGUCGCCGCGGGCACCGCCCUCUUCUUCAUCAUCCUCUCCGUGGCGCUCGCGCUGCCGCUGCUCGCGCCGACGUAUGCCGUCUUUGGUGGCGGGACGCCGCACCGCUUCGACCAGUUCUCCUUCUUCAGCCGCUUGCGCGCUUGGCAUUUCGGCGUGCGCCCACCGGCCGACGAGCCGCCGACCGUCGAGGACACGCGCCAUGCUCGCUUCCCGCGAUCGGUCGCGGGCAAGUCGCUCUACAUGCUGAUGGUCGACCGCUUCGCACAGGAGUCGCACAACGGCAGGCGCGUCUACGGCUGCAGCGGCACCGACCACUGGUGCGGCGGCGACAUCCGAUCGAUCGUCGAGCGGCUCGACUACAUCGAGGGCCUCGGCUUCGACUGCGUAUGGAUGACGCCCGUCAUCGAGCAGUUCGGGGCCACGCGCUGCUUCGAGCCUGGGACUGGCGCCACUGGCACCUUGAUAAAAUCGCGGCCUAAAAGGAAGAAAGGAUAA